AAAGGACGACAAGGAAGUGGUGCGCAGAGAGGAACGGUUGCUUUGAGCAAAGAAUUGGAGGAUUCACUGAGUGCUGUCGAAAGAAUGGCAAAGCAGCUAUUGGAGAAACAGAAGGAGGUGGAAGACGCUAGAAGGGAGGCGGAAGAAAAAAUGAAGAAGGGGGCAGAAGAGAAAGCAGCGAGAGAAGAGGCUGCUAGGGUCGAGUUGGAGAAGAAGAAGGCCAAGGAAGAGAAAAUCCAGAAGAGGAGUUGGGAAUUGAAGAAGUUGUUGGCCGAGCAGAGGGAGAUGUAUGAAACAAAGCUGGAGAAAAUUGUGAGGAGAGGCAUUAAAGGAGUGAAUAUUGGGAAAAAGGAGACAGCAGCAGCUGCGCAAGUACAAUCCAGCUCAGAAGACGAAGACGAGGAAGCGGUCUUGACACCGUUAGUCGACAAGCGGAAGAGGCGCGAUUCUACAGAAAAUGUCGAGAAUAGCCCACCAGCGGAAACUCCAUCCAAGCUCGGGAAGAAAGAAGAUACGAGUACGCCGACUAGCUCAAAGAGAAAGGGCAGGGGCAGGCCAACGAAAGCAGAGGCGCAGGCAAACAGGAUGGCGCGCGGUGAUGACCCGUGGGAAGGCGUUCCUACGGGAGACAAGUUCGUAACGGAGUCUGCAUUCAGGAAAGCGGUCCAGAAGACCCUAGGAUCAUUGUACCCGGAAACGCUACAGCUAAUGUGUAAGGGAGCUAUGAAUCCCCCUCGGCGGCGGACAGGCGCGGCCAAGUCCGAGAAGACUGAGCGUGCGUUGAGUGAGCGAUGGGCAGAGCACGUCGGAAGGACGCUGGGAAAUGAAUGGGGGAAGAACAAAUUGCACUCCUGGCUUCGAAAAUGGGGUUUGAAAUCUUACAUAGCGAUCCCAGUGGCGAUCGUGGAGAAGAAGGACUUGGAAGGGUUAGAAGCGAGACUGAUUAAACGAUGGUGCCCUGUGCUAAAUACGAGUGGGUGGAGGGAUGGAAGAAACAGGAAAGUGUCGAAGAAGAGAGGAAGAAAAGGAAGAAGGGAACGUAAAAGGGAGCGAGCUGUCUGGUUCGAUAAGGAGAAGGUGCUGAAGUUUUCGUCGGAAGGGUUGACCGGGGUUGCUAAGUUGACCGACACGAUCACCGCAAUCAAAGGGAAACGAAGGAGGGACGUCGUGUCGAGUGGAGGGAAGAUCUGGGCAGAAGAUUGGGGAGUGAUUAAAAGGAGGUUCGGCGAGUCGGACCUACUUAUCAGGGAGGAGGCAACGAAGUUGAAGAAAGCUAAAGUUCUUUUCGAAGAAGGAGGUACUAUUCAUUUCGUAAGAAUAAGGGAGAGAAAACCGAGCGAUCCGAAGCUAGUACAGCAACUUCACCAACUGUUGCGAUGCCCUUGGAAGAGAAAUAAGCUGGGAACGCUCGGGUUGGAGGAGCUGGCCGUCUUGUUUCAGAAUAUCAAGACCUUCUCAAGGAAGUCGACAAGGAAGACUCUAAAGGCGAUAGUAGACGGGGUGGUCAAGAAGAAGUUCAACGUGUCAUUGCGGAGAAGACUAGUGGUUGGAGCAAAGUAUGACGAAAGGAUACCGAGGGCUGAAGUUAGGAAGAAAUUAGUGGGUAAGAUAAAGCAAGGGUGCAGCUCUGAAACUGAGGCAAGGAUACGAUGUCAGAAGCUCAGACUGGUCUGGCGGAAGAACCAGACAGUCGAUGAUCUUCUUCAUAGCCAUUGACGAGCGAGUCGUCAGAUGGCAUUGGUCAGCUGUUGUGCAAGCCUCGAUCUCCCCCGUCAGGGGGAGCACGUGUCCUUUCGCCUAAGUUCAAGGGCUGAUGUUGAUCCUAGGGUGAUGAACUCAAAGAACGUCGUGCAAGAUUGUGACAGUCGAGAAGAUGACCGGAAGCUGUGCCGCGAGAUGAAUGACGAGAUGGUAAAAAACGUGAUAGAGUCAGUAUGGACCAUCCAGGAGGCAAGGAGUUGUAUGAGGGAACGGAGGGACAGGAAGGAUGGUAUGCUUGAUGUAAUCGAGGAAGUAAAAAAGAGAUGGAGUGGUAUGAUUUUCUGUCCACUAGAUAAGAACUCAGCGGAGACGUUGGUCGUCUAUCCAGCGAUUUACGAGAGAGGAAUGAAGGAGAGCUUUUGGGAGAACGAGGCUUUCGAGGCAGUCUGGCGGGAGGACGAUGAGGUGAUGGCGAAGGCUAUGAAGGAUUACGAGGGACGAGGAUUGAAGAGAAUCGGGAAAUGGAACAGCAAAGGAUCUUGGGGCAAGGCGUACAUCUUGUCAAAGCACAAGGAUGUAUCGAGGUCAAGGCCGAUUUCGCCAUCGUUCAGCGAACCGGCAAGGACGGCGAAUCAAAGGGUCUCCAGAUC